AUGGACACGGGAGAGCCGUUCGAUGCAGAAUACUACCAGUAUCUCUUGACCUCACUCACACUCAAUUCGAGAGCAUUGAUCACUGACUUGACCACUGCAGCAGAGAGACAUCCAGACCAUGCCGAAGAAAUUGUUAAUUUAAUAGAUGAAAGGAUAAAGAAAUGUCUACCCCAGCACAAGUUAUUUUCAAUCUAUUUAUUAGAUUCCAUUUGCAAAAACAUAGGGAACCCAUACAAUUUGAUUUUUGGGUCCCGGCUCUAUAAAAUCUUUACUGAAUCAUAUUUACUUGUGACAGAUACUCCCACGCGACAAGACCUUAUCAAUUUGUUCAAGACAUGGGCCGGAGCUAGAACUAGUUCAGGGCUAGAGCUAUUCCCAAGAGAUGUCAUUGCCAGGAUAGAGCAGUUUAUUAUAAAGGCAACUUCGAUUGGUCAACAACAAGCUCCAAUACCACCAACUCGUUCACAAAACCUAGACUCAUUAGGAACCCAAAGAGUUUCAACUCCACAACAACAAUCAACUCCUGUACAUCCACCCGAUGUCUUAUUAAGAGAAGCUAAUCUUUUACUUCAGAUAAUUAUUGGGUUAACCGCGGAGAUUGACAAAGUUGAACUUGACCCUAACAGUAGUAAUGACACACAAAUCAUAUCCAUGGAUUUGGGUAGAAAUAAUAUGAUUUCAAGAAUAAACCAUAUUAGUGAUUCCAUCCUUCUGGGCUCAAAGGCUUCAUAUGAAGUAAAUUCAGAUCCAUUUUAUCAGGAUCUUAUGAGAUUUAGACGACAACUUGAAGAUGAAAGGAAAAUACAAGAACAACUUUUGCAACAAGUGAAGAAUGUUCCAUCAUCCGAUACUUUGUCUCAUAAGAAACUUCAACAAUCAAGUCCAAAUGUAAAGAUAGAUCCAGUCCCAAAUACGAAGUUCUUCAGUAAUUGGACUUUAGAAAUUACUGAAGAUAAAGAGCUUUUAAAUAGCGUAGAGAAUUGGGGUAAACAUAUUAAAGAAAGUCAAGAAAAUGCAUCAUUAAUACAUCUUCAACUAGAUGAAUUAGAAAGAGAACAACAUGAUAAAUCACAACAAAAAUUAUUACAACAAGAGUCUCCCAAACCACCAGCUCCUAUAGGAGUUCCUCAAUCAAGUGGAUCCUUUUUAUUCGAUUCAUUGGUUUCUAACUCCACUACGGAUCUGAAUGAUUCAAGAGAAUCUGCAGAUGAUAAUAAUGAAACUGAUGUUGAUAUGAAUCAAGCUGAUAGUGCACCUAUUCAUAUACCAAAACGACCAGAAUCGUUACCUCCAUCCAACUUGAAAAAGAGAAGUUUCUUGUUUGGAGAACCCAAACCUACAAAAAGAGUAAGGUUUUCAGAUGAUAUUAAUUGGCAGUUUAUAGAGAAUAUUGAAUAA